GUAACGUUAUAAAUCUAUAUGUUACUUAUUUUUCAAUGCGAGAAACUCUUGACAUAUAUAAUUGCAAGUUUUUGAGAUAUGAAUCAUUAUCUUGAAAGCUUAAUGGAGCAAGUAUACAUGCAACAACUCUCCCUCUAAGAAUCAACCAAAAUAACCAAAGCAUUCUCAAAACCACUCCAUCAUUUGUGCCCUUCUACCAACAAUGUAUAUAUAUAUUCCAACUCCUUAAUGGAUCUUCCACAACAAAGCAGCCUAGCUUCCUUCUAUCUCCAAGAACACCUCUUCAGAUCAAUCUGGUAUCCCUUCUCUCACCAAAAAGCUAGCUAGCUCCCAUGGAUUCAGGGAAAAGCAAUGGCGAAACAGCGAUCCUUAUGCCGGAAUCCAAGUCCAGCAAGGGUAAAGCCACCAUCAUUGCCACCACAAAAGCUGUUCCUCUCCAGCAGCAAGGGGGAGGGGGAGGGAGAGGGAGAGGGAGAAGAGGCUUUGCGAUUUUCGACUUCAUUUUACGGCUGUGCGCACUGGUAACUGCCAUAGCUGCCGCAGCUACCAUGGCAACUACUGAUCAAAGUCUCCCUUUCUUCAACCAGUUCUUCCAGUUCGAAGCAAGCUACGAUGAUUUCCCCACUUUCUCGUAUUUUGUGAUUGCGAAUGCCAUAGCUAGCGCAUACCUUGUUCUCUCGUUGCCUUUCUCCAUUAUCUGCAUCGUUCGACCAAUUGCAGUCGGUGCAAGACUUCUCCUCCUCAUCCUUGACACCGUAAUGACAGGUUUCACAACAGCUGCCGCCGCUGCUGCCGCCUCCAUAUCGUACUUGGCACACACCGGCAAUUCCACGGCGAACUGGUUUGCCAUUUGCUCGCAGUACACCGACUUCUGCGAUCGAGCUAGCGGGGCAGUGGUGGCCUCCUUAAUUGCAGCGGUCAUCUUCAUCUUCCUCGUCAUUCUUUCCGGCAUCUCUCUCACAAGGCAGCACCGCCACUAAGGCACAAAUGGAUUUCAAGAUUGAUAAUUUCCUUUGUUUAAACCCUAAAUUAUUGGCCUUUCAAUUCUGGGAAAUCUCUUUACUUUGUUUUCUUGUGUUGAUCUCAUAUUCCUAAUGAAAGUUAAUAUUCAUCAAAGCUGCAAGUCAUGUAAAUAGAAACCAUGAAUGAUAUUCAUCACAACAAUGGUUCCGCUUCAUUUGGAGAGAGCUAUUAUCAUAAUGAACAUCAUUCACAAUUGGGAUGAACAUUUGUACUAUGUUUUCUUGUAUUGAUCUCAUAUUCCUAAUGAAGUUAAUUUUCUUCUUCUUCUUCUAAAAAGUUGAAUCCCCGACCCUAAGGGCCCCACAUCCUGGCCUGACAGAGCAUUUGAAAAAUGUAAAUCAUGAUGACUCAAUGGCUCAGCAGAUAGAGC